AUGGAACCCUUUGUUCUGGCCGCUUUCCUGAUGACCGUUUUCCUCCACACCAUCGCUCAUGUCUCCCGUUCAAAUAUGGGAUUCGUGCUUGCCACUCUGAAGGUCAUCUUCUACGGCUGUUUCGUAUACUGCCAUGCGUCUUCCCGCCUCUCACCCGCACGAAUCGACAAGAUCCUGAACGCGGUCCCCGCCGAUAUCCGCACGGUACUUUCGGAGCUGAACAUCGAGCCAGACUUUACGCGCUAUGCGUCCUGC